UAUACCAAUCAGUUGUCAGUUCGCAUCCAACUAGAAAGCAGUUAAGACACACAAGCAGAGUCCGUUGCGUUUUUGCGGUUAAAAGCCACGAGGUCGUUGAGCGUUUUGCGCGCUACUUAACCCCAACUUUACCAAAAAGUGCCCCAAUACACUAUUCGCUACAUUCGAAUUUCUCUCCCCCGCACUCCACAAUCCACAAACCGUUCGCUCGAUCACGUGUUGUGCCGUUUAAACGCGCUCAACGUACGAUCAAAAAAAAAAAAAGAAAAUAAAUGUGAAUACAAUUUUUAUAUAAAGCGUGAAAAAUGUUGUAAAAAGAAAGCAAAAACAAAAGGCAUGCAGAACUGUUGAGAUUACAAGUAAAAAGCGUAGCAAGCAUGCGUAGUAUUAACAGUUAUAAUAAAUAAUAUACUUGAACCGGCAAUGAAGUGACUGUAGUCAAUGCUAAAAAUUCUAAUUGGACUAAAGCGCAAAAAGACGCAACUAAAUUUAACACUUCAAUGUGCUUAUAUCAGUUUUUUCCAUUUGAACUUUAAGCAAACAUAUAUCUUGAGCAACAGAGCAAAAGCCGCCCACAAAACAAUAUUGAUAACAACAAUAAUAAUAAGAAGACGAAAACAUAAACAUAAAUAAAUAAAUCCAAGUGUAAAGAAAUACGUUACGGUUUGCAUUACAUUACAAAAUACACGUGUGUGCGUGUGCCUGUGUCUGUGUGUGAGUAAAAAAUUAUGUCAGUUAGUUUGAAACUAAAUAAUAGAAGAAACCUGCACAAAAGUUUUGCUUGCUAUAAUUAGUGCAUACUCUAAAAAAAAAACAAGUGAAAAGAUAAUCAUAUUUAUUUGAAGUGAACGCAAAGCAAACAGAAAACAGUGCACAAAAUAAAUAAUCAACAACUAAUCAACUACAAAUUUCUUAUUUGGACUCGAAGCUGCUUUGAGUCUUGGAGCGUGCCCAACAACAAGCAAGAAAAAAAGUUACAAACCUGCCACUGCACAACGAACUGUUCUACAUGAUGGAUGGAUUUGCUCAGGAAUGGCAUAAUCUGCCGCGUUCGGAUUUGCCUUUGGAUCAGCUGGUUGGGGAUUUGCCCGCCGAUAUGUUUGAGCCACAGACACGUGCGCGCUCCAACACUUGGCCCUGCCCGCGCCCCGAGAACUUUGUCGAGCCCAACGAUGAGCUGGACAGCACAAAGGCCAGCAACCAGCAGCUGGCAGCUGGUGACUCACAGCAGGCCAUACAGAAUGCCAAUUCGGCCAAAAAGAACUCAUCCCGUCGCAAUGCCUGGGGCAAUUUAUCCUAUGCUGAUCUCAUAACGCAUGCUAUAGGCUCGGCCACCGAUAAGCGUUUAACGCUUAGCCAAAUCUACGAGUGGAUGGUACAGAAUGUUUCGUACUUUAAGGACAAAGGCGAUUCCAAUAGCAGCGCCGGCUGGAAGAACUCCAUACGCCACAAUUUGUCGCUACACAAUCGUUUCAUGCGCGUGCAAAACGAGGGCACCGGCAAAUCGUCCUGGUGGAUGCUCAAUCCGGAAGCCAAGCCCGGCAAGUCGGUGCGUCGCCGAGCCGCCUCAAUGGAAACGUCACGCUACGAGAAGCGACGCGGUCGUGCUAAAAAACGUGUCGAGAUUCUGCGUCAGACUGGCGCGACAGGUUUGAAUGAUGCCACACCCUCGCCCAGCAGCAGCGUCAGCGAGGGACUCGAUCACUUUCCAGAGAGUCCGCUGCACAGCGGCGGCUUUCAAUUGUCGCCGGACUUUCGUCAGCGCGCCUCAUCCAAUGCCAGUUCCUGCGGCCGCUUGAGUCCGAUACGCGCGUUGGAGCUGGAGCCCGACUGGGGCUUUCAGGUUGACUAUCAGAACUCAACAAUGACGCAGGCGCAGGCGCAGGCGCUCGAUCAAUUGGCUGGCUCCAUGGCGGAUGAGCUUAAAUUGCACAGCGAUAUGUUGCAGCAGCAAGGAUUUAGUGCCGCCAGCGGUUUGCCCACGCAGCCACCGCCGCCGUAUCAAGCGCCACAGCAAGCAAACCUGCCACAAGGCUAUGCGCUCAAUGCGGCAGUUGCGGGCAGUAGCGUUGGCUACUCCACGCUGCAGCCACAGCCACAAACGCAGCAGCAGCCGCAGUGCCUGCUGCAUCGUUCGCUCAACUGCGGCUGCCUGCACAAUGCGCGAGAUGGUUUGUCGCCUAAUUCUGUUACCACUACAAUGUCGCCUGCGUAUCCCAAUAGCGAGCCCAGCUCCGAUUCGCUUAACACCUACAGCAAUGUGCUGCUCGAUGCUGGCAACGAUAGCAAUGUGUUGCUGGUGCAACAGCAGCAACAGCAGCAGCAGCAGCAGCAACUCAAUGCUAGCUUGGAUGAUAAUAACUGCGCAUCUACUUUGAUAGGGCAAUGCCUGGAGGCGCUCAACAAUGAAUCGCAGCAAAUUGACGAAUUUAAUCUGGAGAACUUUCAUGGCGGCCUCGAGUGCAAUGUCGAGGAGCUUUUGCAGCAGGAGAUGCGCUACGAUGGGCUGCUGGACAUUAAUAUACCGUUAGCUGCUACCAACAAUGUGAUCAAUAGUACAAACAGCAGCGGCGCCAGCAACAGCAGCAGCUCAAGCAGCACAGCAAUGCAGCUGAAUCAGUUGCAGCUACAACUGCAACAGCAGCAGCAACAGCAGCAGCAACAGCAACAACAGCAGCAGCAGCAACAAUUGCUGCUCAACAACAACAACAAUAGCCUCGAUUUGGGCUCAAGCAGCGCCGCAGCAAAUCUUAAUGCACGCGUCGUACAGUACUCACAGCCUAGCGUGGUCACCUCGCCACCCUCGUGGGUUCACUAGAAUUGUUGCCAUACAUUUUGUUAAUCGUAUCGUCGUCAUCGUCGUUGUCGUCGCUUUUUUUUUUGCCAAUGGAACGCUUUUAACAUUUAAGGACGUGGCUGAGCCUAAGCUAAGGACAAUAUUGUGUACAAUUUUCUAUUUAAGCAGCGGAUGUGUAGCUGAAAAUACAGUUUACAAAGUAAGUAACCACUCGCUU